AUGGCCACCUUCACGAAUGCAUCUUCUCUUUUCACUAUCGGCCUCCCCCAAACUUUUUUUACAAUGUCGAAAACAUUCGUUGAUGUCACCAGCGCCGCUGUGCCCUUUCCGUUUACGGAUUGUGAAUCCCUUUCCGUCAUUGAGAACGACGCUGAGGACAGGCUGGAGCUUCUCUGCGAGCUUGCUCGCGAAGAGAAUUUGGGCGCCGUUGUCGCCCAACUCACCAGUUCCGAUCCCAACUGGAGCCUCACCUUUGAGGAGCUGAAAGGAGGCCGCAGCUGCCUAAUCCCUGGGAUGGAGUGUCGUGGCAUUUGGAACCACACCGACAAGGUUGCAGCCAAGAAGCACUACAGCAACCAAUCGCAUCUUGCUUGGGACCGCAAGAUGGCCAGAGAGGCCGCUCGUCUCCCCCCUGCCGUCCCUUCUCCUCUUCCGCGCCCCGACCUUCGACCUACAAUGGUCAUCGCCUUCCCCCCCCCCCCCUGGCGCCCAGGCCCCCUCCUCUUCAGAGACUCCCAAGAAGACCAAGACGAUAUCCUCUUUUCUCCUCUGCCUAAGGGCACCGUAAUCCCAGAUUCCGAGGAAGAUUCGGAUAUCACGUUCGCACACGUUCUGGCCAAGAGAUUAUAUAACUCUUCUAAACGCCAGAAGUUCAGUAGUGACACACAGUCCAGUCAUACACGGUUCUUAGGCUCAUUCACAAGAUGUUUCUCUCUGACAUUAGAGGAUGCAGCUGGUUUCAGAGUCGAGAACAACGCUCUGAAUGAAUCAGGCGUCCGGGCCCUGGUUCUCAAGGCCACAAGUCUCCGCCCUGAGCUGCCAGUGACGUCCCGGGUAGACUACUUCCCAUUCAUGAUGAAUGGGACAUCUAUGGCCCACCCCCAUGGUAUCACUGGGUGCAAGCCGCUGUCGCCCACACAGAACGCUCUUGUUGACAUGCCGAGCAUCACCAUCCUCGGUCUUCCAUCUCUGCAUCGCGACAACACCAACAAGCGCAUUAUAGCCCUCCCAACGCCCAUUGCCAAGCUGAGCUUCAAUCCAAUUCAGUCCAUAAUGGAUGAAACGCAAGUGCUUGGAGGGCUGCAUAUUAUCCUUAGAGACGGGGAUAUUGGCGAGAUCGAAGGCCAUGUCCUCCAGCUACUUCCGGACCCCGUACAAUCACCCACAGAACAGUCCCCUGCUGGGGUGGUGCUACUGCGUGUUGGGGCGGCCGUCGCCCGGCUGAAGACCGAGCUCGAUCUCUCUCAGCUUGCUGAGCUUUUCCAGCCCUUCUCCUAA